AUGGCCGACUCCGAACCAUUUCCUCUUCUCAACACCUCCCUCGACCAAUUGCACGCCGUUGUCGACUACUCCCCAAACCCGUCUAGAACAACCACGGCGACAAGACGACGAAAGUCAAGCGCACUUGGCCAAGACAUUCGUGCCGGCGACACGGGUCCCGCCCUCGCAACCUACGGCGCCAUCGACGGCCCCGUUGCACCCACCACACCUACCAAACGUCCCUCAAAACGCCGGCGUGCCCGCGGCGGCUUUGCUCGCGUUCGUCAGGCCAUGACUAAACGCACGUACCUCCUGCCUGCCCUUAUCAUCGCCAUUACCGCCGGCCUCUAUGCCGUCAACCCCAACAGCUCGAAUCCAAUCCAUCGCUUCAUAUUCCUUUCUUACCGCUUGCCGCCCGAUCCUGCCAGCCCUGGUGCCCCGGCUCAGUAUGGCAAGGGUCUCUGGGACGUUGCUUUCGUUUCCUUUUACACUGUCGUCCUGACCUUCACUCGCGAAUUCAUCAUGCAGGAGCUCCUGCGACCUCUAGCCCGCACCGCCGGUAUUCGAUCCCGGGGUAAGCAGGCUCGCUUCAUGGAGCAGAUGUACACCGCCAUCUACUUUGGCUGUCUUGGUCCCGCCGGCUUAUACGUCAUGAGCAAGACACCAGUCUGGUACUACAACACGCGCGGCAUGUACGAGCACUUCCCGCACCUGACACAUCAUGCCGGCUUCAAGUUCUAUUACCUCUUCCAGGCUGCGUACUGGGCUCAACAAGCAAUCGUCCUGCUGCUGGGUAUGGAGAAGCCUCGCAAGGAUUUCAAGGAGCUGGUUGGUCAUCACAUCGUCAGUCUUGCCUUGAUCGGCCUUAGCUACCGCUUCCACUUUACGUACAUGGGAUUGGCGGUUUACUCCACACACGACAUUAGCGAUUUCUUCCUCGCAACGUCCAAAGUACUCAACUACAUCGAUUCCCCGAUCGUGGGGCCUUACUUCUUCCUUUUCAUGUGCGUCUGGAUUUACCUACGUCAUUUCAUCAACCUAAAAAUUAUCCUCUCCCUUUUUACGGAGUACACUACUGUCGGCCCAUUCGUAUUGAACUGGGCCACUCAGCAGUACAAGUGCACGCUCUCGCAGUACAUCACUCUCGGCCUUCUUGCGUCCCUCCAAGCACUAAAUCUUUUUUGGCUGUUCCACAUCUUCCGCAUCGCCUACCGCUUCCUUCGCUACGACAUCGCGGAAGACGAUCGCAGUGAUGCCGAAGUCACCGAUGCCGACGAUGAAGCCGAGAAGAAGAAGAAAGCCUUGGCGGAUGAGAAGAGCAAUGGCUACGCUACUGGAGUGAGUGACAGUGCGCUUGGAGCAAGGCCUGUCAAUGGCCAUACGAGAUAG